AGCUAGCCAGGACCCGCAAUCAAAGAGGACACCAAACCCUGAGCAGGACCAGUCAUACCUCUGUUCUCCAAGAGUCUUUGAAGGAAAAAAUCUGAAAAUCCUCCUCUCCAUUUUGAGACCAUGGACGCAGCCGCGGUAGCAACUCUUCUGGCUCUGGUUCUGACUCUGGCUGGAGUCAGUCAGGCUCUUCAUGUCCAAGGCGGUCUGGAGAAAAACAACAUCCUGCCAGACUCAGAGGAGAGCGUGGUCGACCACUUGCUGGGGCUGGAGAGUGAAAACACAGAUAACAGCAUUGAUGAUCGCCUGCUGACUGCCGUGCUAAGAGCUCUGCUGCUCGGAUCUCAGAGGGAAACCAGGAACUCUGUCCUCCAUCAGCCACAGAGGUUUGGCCGAGGCUCCAGAGGGCAGGUAGCGUCAGAGGAUCAGGUUCAGUCCCGUGACUGGGAAGCUGCCCCAGGUCAGAUCUGGAGCAUGGCUGUACCCCAGAGAUUCGGCAAGAAGUGAUCUAUUGGGAAGACAUCUACACAUCGACGUAAGGGCAUACGGCCAAGCAGCAGGCAACUGUGGCAGGAAAAUAAUUUGAAUGAAUAAAUUUGAAUUUUAGAAGCAUGUUUCAACAUGGUUUUAUUCCAUUAAGCCUUACUUGACACCAACAAGUUGUUUUCAGAUGAGAGGAGUUAGAGUUUUUUUCUGAUACCAAACACUGUAAAGCAUGUCAACGAGUGCCUAUUGAGGUUUUCAGAGCCUGGACUGUAAUGUUAAUUAGAACUAGAAGUGUUUGUGUAAAUUGUUUGCUAUAUUUUCUGUUUUUCAUCUGUUCCCUUGUCAAAUAAAUGACACAUCAAAUGAGUUCUUAUCAU